UGGUAAUAAGACUGGUUUGUUUUCAUUAAAUACACAUUUGAGUUAAUAUUGUUAAUACAUCCAUAUGUUAUAUUGAUUUUACUUUGUUCUUGGUUGAUUUUGAAUGUCGUUUUGUAUAACUAGUUUAAAUUUAUGCUAGGUAUAUAUACGUCCAAAAGUAAAACACUGUAUAUUUUGGAAAUAUGUCGCGCUGCCAAGUUGUGCAAGUAUAUUGUUAGACAUUUAUAUAUUUUUUUUGUUUUUGGUUAUUGUGUUUAAACAACAAUUGAUGCGGAGGUCUAUACAUUUAUGUAUGAUAUAUAUGUAUAAUGCGGUUAUUGCGGAUAUCUUUGUUACGAUUAUAACUCUUCCGUGUCUGGCGCUUUUGGCUCUGGGCAGCGCAUUGAAAAUCCAAGACUAUGAGCAUGAGGAACACGCCAAGUACGAGCCGGAACAUGAGGAAACUGAAGUGCAUCACGAAGUCGAUCACAAGCACGCGACAUCGCAUCAGAGCGUCAAGUUCCAUCAUUACCAUGCGGUGCCCGUGUAUAUCAAGAAGGAGGAUCAGCAUUUGGUCAAGAAGCCCAUUGAGAUUGGCGGCACAAAGCAGAAGCUCAAGAUUCUGCAUCCCAAGAGCGAGCAUAAUCACAACUACGGCCUCGUGCUGGAGAAUCAUAGCGAAUCGCAUCUGCAUGAGCAUGGACACUAUGAGGAGCCAGUGCAUCAUUCCGAGCACUACGAGCACUACGCACACCACGAAUAGUUUAAUUUUAUGCACAGAUUUUUUACCCCUACCACAUAGUUUUUAAUGAUUUUAAUUAGUUAU